CUUUCUUGCAUCUUUCUCCCUCUCUCCCUCCCCUUCUUUUGCCCUCUCCCACUCGUCUUUUCCGGAUCUUCACCGCUCGCGCUCGCGCCUGCGCCCACAUCGCGCCAUGGCCGACGACGCCCACAUCGAGAUCAUCGACAGGAUCAGCCUCUCGCUGUCGAUGGCCACCUCGGACAAUGAAAAGUAUUCCAAGCUUCUGGCCGGCUACCUGGUGUCCAUCCUGUCGGUCUUCGAUCCGACUGACCGCAAGGCCACCGCCCGCGUGCGCCAAGCUGCCUCCAAGGUGCUGGCCCAGAUUGGGGCCCAAGCGCGCGCCGCCUCCAAGAGAGCCCAAGAACAAAAGGCUCGCACCGUGCUGGAUAUCCUGUCGGCCAGUGGAACGUCGCAUCCGGGCAGCAGCAGCGCCACCACCACCACCACCGGCGACAGCGGCCCGGCCACCCGGGGCUCCUACUUGGACAUCAGCGAGUUCGACCUGCCGGACGCCGGGGUGGCCCUCCUCCGUGACCGGUGGCCGGCGCCCGGGGACUUCCUGCGCUUCCCCCUGGCCGAGCUGAUGGCCCUGUACCUGGCACCCAAUGGCUCCUUCCCGGUGCGAAACCUGGCGGCCAUCUUCAUCGAGCAGGGGGUGGCCUUGAUGCUGCAGGCGCUUCCGCCACUGGCUCCCGGCCAGCUGCGUGACCCGGCUGGCCAACCUGUCGGGACGGCCCCCCUACCACCACUUGACCUUGCCGGCCAGCUGGUGCCGCUGACGGCGUCCCUCCUCCAGGCGGCCACCCUGCCGAGUACCCCGGCCGCCGAGCGCCGUGCCCUUCUCCACGCUGGAGUCCAGCUGGCCGGGGAAAUCUGCCUUCGGAUGGGCUGGGCCCAGCCCAAUAUGCCGGGCUUUCAGCUGGCCACCCUGCUGCGCGGGGUCCCGGUGCCCUCGGUCACAAGUACUCCCCCGUCGGCGGGCUGUCACAGCGAGGUGAUCGUCAAUUUCCUCCUCUCGAUUCUGCUGUUUGUUCGUCCCACUGCUCCGGUUGGCCCUUCCACCACUGCCCUGGAGCCGAUGCCGGGCCUGUCGGCCGAACAGGUGGCCGAUCUGACGCGGGAUCUUGCCGCCCUGCGCCGGCCCACGUCGCACCUGAUGCCGAUGGUGGGCACUGUGGCCGCCCUGCGGCUGGCACGCGAUCGGAGCCUCGCCCUACUGGCGGCAGUGUGCCAGUCCAACCGGCUGGCUCUGGCACCGGCCAGCACGCCCGCCGCCCCGGCUUGGCUGCUGGAUGAUGCCGAGCUGCUGCCUCCGCUGCUGGUGGCUGCCAUACUGCUCGAGCAUCCGGUUGCCCGGCAGACGCUCAUCCAUGUGGGCCCGGCCCACGACCGGACCUCGGGACAGGUGUCGGCCGCCGUGUCAUCGCUGGUGGCCCAAACGCGCGGCGUGGAGUCCUUCGCCCUGCCAUCGGCCGGCCAGCCGGGCCAGCGCGUUCUGCGCGCGCUAUGUGCCCUGGUCCUCGGCCGCCCGGGGACGGUGCCCGGCCUGCCGCCGGCCUUCACCCACCGGGUGAUGCUCUUCCUGCAAAAGCGCUAUAAGCUGACCCCGGAUGCGGAUGCCUCGUCGAGCUUCGCCGGGGCUGGCAUUGACCGUGCGGCCAUUGAUGCCGCAUGUGUUGUUCUGCUCGGGCAUCCGCUGGAUGCGGAUGUGAUUCCCGGCUCGCAGGCCAUCCCCCCGACCCUGGGGACCGGGCUGACCUCGCGCCAGAGCCAAGUCCAUGCCAGUGCCGCGCUGCUUGCCCUGAGCAACAUGCUGGAGUUUGCGGCGCACACCGCCCGGCGGGAGAUGCGCGCCCUGUCACGCCGCCGACGUGAGGAAAGUCUCUCCCGGGCCGAGGUGGCCGCCCUCGGUGAAGGCAUCUAUGCCCGCUUGGUGGUGGACUUUUCGGCGCCGUUGGCCCUGUGGCUGGUUCGCCUGGCCACCUCGGCCUUUGUGCCCUUGCCCUUGAAGCAGAUGGCUCUCAAAACCCUGGACUUUGUGUCCAAGUACAUUCCGGACACUCUGCUCGAGCAGCCAGUCAUCCUCUGGCAUCUGAUGGUUUACCUGGCCCAACUGGACCACGGUCUCUUCCAGCGUUCGAACCCGGCGUCGCCGCCCGGAGAUGUCGAAAUGGCUGCCCCCGCCGGCGAGGAGUCCGCCCCCCAGCCGUCAGCCCCUGCCCCGGUGGAGCUGGGCGUUGGUGAUCAAAAUAUCCUCAGCUCGCAAUUGGCCGGCUCGGUGGACACCCUGCGGGCCAGCGUGUCGGGACAUGUGGCUCGGUCGCUGGGCCGCCACCAGGACUCGGCUGACAGUCGCCUUGUGUGGCCACCUCUGCGGCAGAUCCGCCAGCUGCAGCAUCUGGCCCGGCUGGCUGCCGGGCUGGUUAUCCUGGGCCCGGGGCAUCCCCUGAUCGGGGGUCUCCUGCUCGAUGACCAGGCCGUUGGCCGGUACUUCGGACCGCUGCCGGGCGAGCUGGCAGCCGCCAGUCAGCCGGACGCCCGGACUGUCGGUCUGCCGGCCGAUCACGAAAGCCGAGCCUUCGGCGCGGCGAUCAAGCUUGCCAUUGAUCCGCUGUGUGCCAAUGUCCCUCCGGGCUUGAGUGACAAGAUUGCCCCCCUGGCGAUUGGUGACUCCAUGGUCCCGGCCAUGGACCAACUCCCGGACUUCUGGUGUGGCUCGCUGCUGCGGCUUUAUGCGGCGAUUUACGCCCGGCCCCUUGCCCGCCGGCCGGAGGUCAUCGACACCUGCGAGGCCGGCCUGAGCAUCAGCAUGCCCCUGGACGCGGCCGAACUUCCACGCCUGGUUGAUCAUCUGGCUGAGUUCCUCGAUGCGCCGGAUGAGCGCGCCCUGCUGCUGGUUCGGAGCCUGCGCGCGCGUUUCUGCCUGGCCGUUCAGGCGGCCGGCGCUGCGGCCGAGGAGGAGGCCGCUGCCUCGGUGGUGGAGCCUGGCUCGCCCAGUGCCUCGGCCCCGGCCCCGGCCUCGGCCCCCGGGCAGACCGGCUCGGCCAAUGCCCUCAGCCUGACGCUACAGGAUGCCAUCCUGCCUCCGCUGCUGCCCUCGGGCCAAGUGGCCGGCCUGUCGGCCCUGGUUGGUCGGGUGGAUCUCGGCCCGGCGGCCAAUCGCUUCCUGGGGCAUCUGCUUGAGUUGGUCGCGCGAUUGGAUGCCCUCGUGGAGGCUGGUCAGUUGGCUGCCGCACAGGACACCGAGGCCGGUCCUUUUGCUGUGGUGGCCCGUGCCCUGUGUGACAUGGUGUCCAUCUUCGGCCCGCGGUCGGCCGCCCUUGACACGAUGUCGCUCGAGCGUUGUGCCGACUCCCUAGUGCGCUAUGCCCUGCAAUCGCGGGAUAUGGCCGUCCGCGGCACCGUGGCACAAGCAGCUGGCAGCCUGGCCGUCUACCUGCCAGGAUCGGUUUUGUACCUGGACUCGGCCCGCGCGUUGGAUGAGUAUGCCCAGAAGGUGGGCGAUGGCCGGGCCCUGCCCUCCACGCAGGGGUAUGUCCAUUUGUCGCUGCUGCAGUCGUACUUUGCCAUGCUCGGCCGCAUGAUGGCCGAUCCGAAGUCCGGCCAGUUGGCCGGGCUCGGCGGCUCCGAUCUGGCUCAGGCUGUGGAUUUGGCCCUGCGCGCCUGCUUGCAUAUCUUGCGCUUGCCACGCAGCUACCCUCUGAUCAAGGCGACUGCCUGCCAGCUGGCCGCCGCCAUUGGGGAUGUUUUGCAUCGCCUGGACCUUGCCGAGGACUUUGCAGGCCCACUGGCCGACAUCGGCCGCGAGCUGAUCGCCCUGGCCACAGCCCAGCCAGACACCAUUGAUUCCCGACUUCAACUGCUGUCAGUUCAGUGUCUGGCGCGCGUGGCCUUGUCCCUGCAUGCCGACGGUCCCUCCGGCGCCAAUCUGCUUCAGGCAGCCAUCUCUGCGCUGCUUCCCUCGCCGGACCGGUCGUUGGACCUGUCGGCUGCCUGUGCGCGGGCCUGGGCCGGUAUCCUUGUGCCGGAUGCCCCGGUCGCCGAUGCGGGCCGCCGCCGCGAGCACUUCGAUGCACUGCUUUCUGCCAUUUCCGCCAUGACCGAUCCCUCGGCCAUGGGGUUCAGUCACGAGAAGGCGGCCAGUGCUGCGGCCGGCUUGGCCCUGACCGGGGCUGCGUUGACGGCCUCGCUAUGGCGCGCUCGGCCGGACGCCAUGGCCAGUCUCUGCCGGCAGUCCAGCAGUGCGGCCCUGGCGUCUGUCUUCAGCCCGAGCGCUCUGGAGCGCUUUUGUCACCUGCUGGUGGCUGUUGUCCGGAACUAUGGCGGCGCCUCCUCCGUGUGUGCGGUGUAUGCCCUUUGCGGGCUGCGUGAAUUGGUUGCCAACCUCCAGGGUACCGAGCCCUUUGGGGCCAUGCUGCUGACCUUGGACUCGGCCAUGCGGUCGGUGUAUACGAUCCUCGGCGGCCAAACCGGCGGCGUGCCGGUGUCCGGUGUCCUGCGGGCUGCCGGGCGCCGGGCGGCCGGCGCGCGCGACGCCCAAACCGGAGCCGGUGCCCUGUCGGUCUUGCUGGGGUCGACGGCCGCCGCCGGGAUGGGCCCCCCGCCGGCCUCCUUCCUGGCCAUGCGCGCGGUGUGCCUGUUCCUGGUGCAGGAACAUGGCAUGACCCACUUCGAACCGGUUCUCGGUCGGCUGCUCCUCGGUGCCAUUGCCGGCGGGUGCGCAGGGUCCGACACCCUGCAGUUGGCCGUGCCGGUCGACUCCUCGGGCAACCAGCUCCUUCAGGGCGCUGUCAUUGGUGCUCUGGCCGCGUGUCAUCCCUGUCGCCCGGGGCCACCGGGCUCGGGCGAGAUGGACUCGAUGGCGCUGGUGCCGCUGUUUGUCCUGUGCCACACCAGGCCGCCGAGCGUGUCGUACGGCUUCGACCGGACGGUCCGCCAGCUCUUUGCCAAUCAGGGCCGUGACAACCCCCUGGCCGCCCUGCUCCCGGGGCUUAGCGAGCUACUUGGGCAGAUGAAUGACCCGUCGGGGCCUGGUGCCGGCGAUCUUCCGGACACCGGCGCCGGCUCGGAAGACCCCCCAGCCCCCCGUGAGGAUAUUGGCUCGGUUGCGCGAGCCCUGUGGGCAUCCAUCAUGAAGGCCUUGACCCCGGGCGAGGGUGUGACUGCCUGGGCCCCGGACGCGGUGGCCGCCCUCCGCCGGCGGACCGUGGCCGCGGUCAUGCACCAGGCACUACGACUGAUUGAUAUCUACUCCCGAGGAAGCCUGGCCGAUGGCCAGUGGCAGGUGGCCGCCUUGCGGACUCUUCGAUCGGCUCUCUCAGACCGGUCGGGCCUCCAGCGCAAUAUUCCCCUCUUCCCGCCGGGGUUCGGACCGCCGCUGCCGAGCUCGGCCGAGUUGCGCGUCUUCUUCGUCGAUCACCACCACCAGCAGCAGCCACAGCAGCAGCCGCAAUCGCAGCAGCCGCCGGUGGCUCUGGGGAGUCUCUCCACCCGGCUAGCUGAUGAGGCACUCCUGUCCCUGCUGUCUUCCGCGGCCUCGCUGUGUGAUGGCCCGCACGCGGUUGAGGCCGAGUCACUGGUGUCCACGACACUGCAAUUCUGCCAUCGGGACAUCCUCCUGACCCGGGCGCCGGCCGAUGCGCCUGAAGCGUGUGACAUUUCCGAGGAGCAGCGCCUGUCCCUGUCGCGCGUUGCCGUCCUCGGUGCAGUCCAGAUUCUGGCCAUCAGCGACCUUUGCCCCCAGAGCGCACGCGGACAGUGCCACAUCUUCCUGAGCAAGGUCUACGCGCCCUUUGCGCCGGAGGGGCAAAUGCACGAGGCCCUGGUCGGGCGACUGGGGGAUCUCCUGCUGGAACUGGCGCCGGCCAUCUGCGGGGGCCUGCUAAACUCCAUGUCUGCCAUGGAGACCCCGCUGGCCACCUUUGCGGCCUUCCAUGCCGGACGUCCGGGCACCGAUGAGUAUUCCCUCUACAAUGAGGCAGGGUCCGGGUCGGGACUCGGAGGCGCGCCCGGGUCCCCCUCCGGGGGGGGAGCCCAUACGGCGAGAGCCUCGGCGCCCGCCCCCUCGCGCGACCCCUCGGGUGCCCUGUUCGGCGAUAUGCUGUCGGGCCUGCUGUCCGAGGAUCUGUCGGCCGAGCGCCUGCUUGACCAGCGCCUGAAGGCGGUUGGAUCAUCGACCGCCAUGCAAGCGGCGCAGGUGUGUGCGGUGGCCAUCCUCGGGAGCUUCAGCGAUGACCCCCAGCGGAGGGGCGUUGUGCGCGAAUGGGUCGCCUCCCUUGGGGAGAUUGUGCGCGGGGGCAUUGGCGUCCCGGCACGCUGUGGCGCCAGCCAGCUUAUUGCCAACAUUUGCCUCAAGUACCCUGCCCUGCUUGGCCCACAUGUGCCGGCCCUCAUGAAGCCCCUGUCGGCGGUGGCUCUUGCUCGGGCCAGCCCCGGGGCCUCGUACGUCGGGUCCCUGACCACCGAGCAGGCGGCCAUCCGCCGGUCAAUGGGUGUGGCCCUGGCCCUGUGUGCAUCGCUGCUGCAUCAGCCAGCUCUCAGGCCCAUCCCCGCCGGCGAGUCCUCCCCGGCACGAGUGAUGUGGAGCCUGGCCCGGCACAUUCGCCGAGUGUACCUCUCCUCCUUUGACAUCCCAGCCGAGCCGGGUGCGGCCGCGGCCGCCGCGGCGGCUGCCACCGCCGGGCAACAGGCCCCGGAGGAGGUGGCCGAGCGUGAUCCCUCGCCGGCGGCCGCCUGUGCCCUCUUCUGUCGGGACUUGAUGCGCUUCGGUCGCCAGGCCGUCAUGCGGCUGCUGGUGGGCGGCCGGGAAACCUUCGCCGGGCGUGGCGAACCCGCCAGCGAAGCCGACUCCGCCGAGGCGGUCUUCCUGUCGACGGUCUUCCUGGGAGCCCAUGAGGGUGGCCAUGUUGGCCACCUUUGGCGCGGGAUCUGGGACGAUGCUGUGGGCGCAUUGCUGAAUGGCGGGUCGGCCCGGCGCCUGGCCCCGGGCCUCUACCGGACGAUCAGCGCCCUGGGCCCGGUGCGGUCAUGGACCGCGCGACAGACCCUGGUCCGAGCCCUGACCUCGCUCAGCCAAUCUCUCGGCAUGGGUGGCGCCCCGGCAUCGGCCUCCAUGCCCCUCGAGACCGGGCUCCCGGCCAAGGAGCUGGCGCGACAUGUCAUCCCCAUGUUGGUGGGCAUCUUGACCUCCGGCUCGCCCUCACCAGCAGGGGCGGCCUCGGCGCCCGGCAUUGCGCAGGCCUGGUGGCCUGGCCGACCGCAGGCCCUUGACCUGCUGGGUCGGUCUCUCGAGUACCUGUGUCGCUCCGGGGCCACAAGCCCCGAGGAUGAGCUGACCGUGCCUCUGCGGUCUGGCGUCGAGCUCUUUGCCAGCGAGUUGGCCCAGCGCUUCCCCCUGGUGGAUGUCAGCCGCCUUGCCGGUGUCCACUGGUCCGGCCCGGCUGCUCAGCAGACCGGGCCACUGGUUGCCGGGCUUCUACAUGUCCUCCGCGGCUUGGGCCACCUGCAGGCCGAGUCCCUGCGCGGGGAAUUGGCCGCCCUGGCACUCGGCCCGACGCUGGCCACUUGCGUGCACCUGAUUGGGCCGGUUGCCGAAAGUGGCCAGCUUGGUCGGCCGGCAUCGGCCCAGCAGCAUGGAGCUCGGUCGACCCCGGCGGUGCUCAUUUUGUCGGAGGCUCUGCAGGUAUGUGCCCAUGCGCUGAAUCUCCUCGGUCCUUCGGCGGAGAUGGCGGCAAUUGAGCCAUCUGAGCUGGCGGCCCUGCGCUGGGUCGUCCGGACGAUCCUGGCCUCUUGCCACUUCCCGGUGGCGGUGGUGACGGCCAUGGCCUCCGGCGACUCGCCAGACGCGUCGGGCGAUCUCCCGCGCCAGGCGCUGCCGGGCUCGCAUUGGCCAUUGUCGGUGCACACGGCUGCCUUGGGCUUGGCAACGGCCAUGCUCGGGGCUGGGCUGGAUUGCCCGGAGGCUGUGGAGUCGGCCCUCGGAGCCAUCGACUCGCAUCACUCCCAUCGGCCGUUGACCCUGAUCCUCCACCUGUCCGCCUGGCUGCUGAUUGAGGCGGCCAAUCGUCGGGGUGUUCUCGUCGAGUCGGACCUGGCGCGGCUGCGCGUGGCUCUGAGCAAAACCCCCCGACAGGCGCCCGGUGCUUCGGGUCCUGCACAUGCUCCACUCCCGGUGAUCGAACUGGCACGCAUCCAGGAGGACCUGCGUGCGCGUCUCUCUGCUUCGGAAGACGCGGAAAUGCGUCCAGCCGACACGCUCUGAGGGUGCAUUCUCUUGCCCCUCGCCCCUCCCUCCCCCCUCCUCCCCCCCCC